AUGGAUGCUCACGACCUUGUUCUGAACUGGCGUGGCGAUGUCCUUGAGAACAGUCACAUAGUUCACGCCGCCAUCGUCGACAGCGAAAACAACCUCCUGUAUUCCCUUGGCGAUCCAUCUCGCCUAACACUCGCGCGGUUAGCCGCAAAGCCUUUCCAAGCACUCGCAAUUCUGGAGACCGGAGCGGCUGAGAAGUUUGGCUUCGACGAGGCCGAUGUGGCACUGAUAUCUGGCUCUCAUAACUGCGAAGACAAACACAUCACUCGCGUUACUGCUAUGCUGAAGAAGGCAAAUGUGACGGAGCAAGAUAUGAAUUGUGGUGGUCAUCCUGCUCUCUCGACAGUCAUCAACACCAAAUGGUUAAAAGCAGAUUUCACGCCCACGGCAAUCUACAGCAAUUGUUCUGCCAAACAUGUAGGCAUGCUCGCUGCUGCACAAACCCUUGGUGUUGGAACCGAAAACUACCACGACCCUUCACAUUCUGUUCAAUUGAAGAUCAAGCAAGUCCACGAAGAACUCGCCAACCUGAAGCCCCAAGAGAUUCGGUGGGUCAUCGAUGGCUGCAAUGCACCUUCGCCGGCAUUGCCUCUCCGAAAUCUGGCCUUGAUGUUUGCGAAACUAGCCUAUGCCGCAGAUCAGAAUGAAGAGUCUUUCACCGCUUCUGCCUCCGAGACAUUCAUGCGGGAUCAGGCACGCAUCUAUCACGCAAUGGCAAUGCACCCAGAAAUGAUUGCCGGCGACUCUCGUUUCUGCACUGAUCUCAUGCGAUUAUUCUCCGGCGCCCUAGUCGGCAAACUCGGUGCAGAAGGCUGCUACGGCAUUGGAAUCCGAGACUGCGAGGCUACGAGACGUCUAGGAGCUACAGGUGGCUUGGGCAUAGCAGUCAAGAUUGAAGAUGGCAACAUUGACAUCUUGUACGUGGCAUUGAUGGAAAUACUCACUCGACUGGAUAUCGGAACAGAGGAGAGUAGAGAGGAGUUGAAGAUGUCUUAUUGCACGAUGCCCAAGAAUACCAUGGGUGUUGUGACAGGUCAUACUUCUUGCAAGAUGGAGCUGAAGAGAUGCAGUUAG